AUGGAGGAAACAGAACAAGAGGAUAGCCUUGGCCACAGUGACGUGGGACCAGGACUGUGGCCAUCACUAGAGCUCACUGGCCAUUAUUCAGGUGAAUGUGGCUAUGGCCUGGCUAUGAGCAAGGCUGGUCAGACAGAAAUAGAAGCAGGGAGAAGCAUAUGGCUGCUGACAGGCCUUGACAUUCGGAAACAGAAAAAAUGCUGCAAAGGAUAUAAAUUUGUUCUUGGACAGUGUAUUCCAGAAGACUAUGACAUCUGUGCCCAGGCUCCCUGUGAACAGCAGUGCACAGAUAACUUCGGCCGAGUGCUCUGCACGUGUUACCCGGGAUACCGAUACGACCGUGAGAGACACCAAAAGCGGGAGAAGCCGUACUGCCUGGAUAUUGACGAAUGUGCCAGCAGCAACACCACUCUGUGUGCGCACAUCUGUAUCAACACCAUGGGCAGCUACCACUGUGAGUGCCGGGAGGGCUACGUCCUUGAGGACGAUGGGAAGACCUGCACCAGGGGAGACAAAUACCCCAACGACACUGGGCAUGAGGAGAAGGCCGAGAAUGAGGUAAAAGCUGGGACGUGCUGUGCCACAUGCAAGGAGUUCUCCCAGAUGAAGCAGACGGUGCUGCAGCUGAAACAGAAGAUCGCUCUGCUUCCCAACAACGCUGCAGAACUGGGCAAGUAUGCCAAUGGUGAUAAGGUGCUGGCCUCAAACGCCUACCUUCCAGGACCUCCCGGCCUGCCUGGGGGGCAGGGCCCACCGGGCUCACCAGGACCCAAGGGGAGCCCUGGAUUCCCUGGUAUGCCAGGCCCUCCUGGACAGCCUGGCCCACGGGGCUCAAUGGGACCUAUGGGACCAUCCCCAGACCUAUCUCACAUUAAGCAAGGCCGGAGGGGCCCUGUGGGCCCACCGGGAGCACCAGGAAGACAUGGCUCCAAGGGGGAGAGAGGAGCACCUGGGCCUCCAGGGUCUCCGGGACCCCCGGGUUCUUUCGACUUCCUGCUGCUUGUGCUGGCUGACAUCCGAAACGACAUCACCGAGCUGCAGGAGAAGGUGUUCGGACACCGGACGCACUCUUCAGCAGAGGACGCCCCCCUACCUCAGGAAUUUUCCAGCUACCCGGAGACCCUGGACUUUGGCUCUGGGGAUGACUACUCCAGAAGAACUGAAGCAAGAGACUCAGAGGCCCCCAGAAACUUUUAUCCAUAGCACAUCCCUGUCUUCAUGUCACCAGGAGAAAAGCAUGGCUUUGUCCAGUCAUAGCGUCUGAAGAAAGUUACCACUGGAGGCCUAAAGCCCUUGGGCUGUCUUCCUGCCCUCUCUUGUUAUUCUGCUUCCCAAGUGUCCUGCACAUCCCUCCAGCAACAGGACACGAUGGUUCUUGAAGAGCUGCUGGGUGGCGUUCCUUAACAGCCUAGUUUUUCUGGAGCUUCUGAAUUUCUAAAUUCAUUGUUCCCACAGAAACUUAAAUUCGGACAGAGUUCCAAAAGGGAGAAAAUGGCAAAGUGAGCUCUUAGAGGUGUAAUAAGGUCCAUUCUAAAAAGCAAGUUAUGUUCAAAACACUUGGCUAUUCACCCUCUGCUGGCGGGAGUGUGGCUCUUCAGUUGAGGGGAGGAUGAAGAAGGAGCACAAAGAUGGAUGUUGGUUAAAAAAAAAAAAAAUGACUUUUCCUUAGCAACAUCACAAAUUUCAAAUUCUGAAUCCUAUUUUUUGGUCUUGUUUUUUUAAAUAUAUGUAUAUUUCUGUAACCAAAUAUAUUGGUUACAGAAACAAAAGAAUAGAAAAGUACAAAAUGUCCUGGUGGCCAGAGGUGCCAUCAGGUCCUGAUUCUGGCUAAAUCAAGGCUGGAGGGAAGUUGCUGGCCUGGAAUCUUGGCAAAGGGUGACGGGGAGGCAUAGAGAAGGGCUUCACUAAAGCUAGAUCACCAGAGGCAGGUUAAUCUGCUCUUAAGAUAUUUGGAGUCCUCAUCCAGAGUCAGCUAAGUGGUGCCUUGGGAAUAACGCACAGCUGAGAGGUCUCUUAGGUAGAGGAGGGUAAGGAAUUCUAUCUAACCUGGCAUAAUUUCCCACCAUUUUCUUCUGGUUUAGUUAAUAUUCCUGAUCUAGAUCUCCUUGACUCUCUCCUGGACCAGGUGGGAUGGCUUGGGGAGAAGCAAAUUCCCUGUGUCUCCCUGAGUCCUUUCUAGAGCACUUCUAGAUCCCCAGGGAAACGUGUUCCCAGAAAGGAGCAAGAGGCCAGGUUCCUUCAUGUCUUUGGGUUCUCUUGAGCUUCCCAAGGGAUCUUGUUCACAUGGUCAUCUCUGUUUGCUAUCCUUCAGUGCCCCCUUUAUUUCUAAGAAGUUUCCCUUUAGCUUUUCCCCAUAGCCCUUGAGCCCCCAUCUUCUCCUGACCCCUAUGUGACAAUUGGUCAGGAGAAAACUGCUAUUGGGUUUGCAUGACCCUGCAUUAUCUGUUCUUCCUGAGCAAUGAGAAGGGGAUCUGUCUACAGAGCCCAGGUGGCCCAAUGGGCUUUCUCUUCCC